AUGGUCCCACACAAGCAGUGGUGGGAAGAAGUGGGCCCUGAAGCCCGCAUUGUCCGCUACUCUCAGAUCAUAGGCCAGAACUACUUGCUGAUUUUGGACAAGGAAAUCUUGAAGGAAAUACUGACAGCACCAGCAUCCAAGAACGAUUGUAGAUUCAAGAAACCAUUCACCCUCUUUCCCAGUGUGAUAGGUUAUGGCCUGGUCACUCUGGAGGGAGAGGAAUGGGCCAGGCAUCGCCGAAUCAUCCAACCGGCAUUUUCUGUAUCAUUUCUCAAGGAGACAUUGAACAUCAGCGUUCCACCCAAGGUUCAAACAUUCAUUCGCUGCUGGUUGGAUGCUGGCGAGGGACAAGAAAUUGACCUGGCAUCUCAUCUUUCUGCCCUAACUUUGGAUAUCAUUGGAGAUGCAGGAUUCUCCUAUGAUACCAGUGGCCUCAAGGAUAUAGAAGCUUGGUCCACGGCAGUCCAAGAAGCCAAGCAAGCUGGGGACAAGAACGAUGCUAAGAGUCUUCAGUCACCUGAGUUGACUGAUCCUCUCAUAAAAUCAUUCAUGGGGUUUUUCCAGCCAAGUCUCUUGCGUUUAGUCCUUUUCAUGACUGGCACUUAUUCUCUGGAUCCAUACAUUAAUCCAAAGACUGUCAACCUCAUAUCAGCCAUUAGUUCAACUGUUGAGGGGAUCAUCCAGAAUGCCAAGAACAUGAACCAGCAAGAGGCAGAAGAUGGGGUAUUGUCUGCAUCAUCAUCAUCAUUGCCCAACAUAUCGUCGUCAAAGUCGCUUCUCCGACUGUUGUUGCAGGCAAGAGAUGCAGAGGCAACUUCCAACAGCAAAAAUGCUCUCUCAGACCAAGAAUUGAAGGAUGAAUUGAAGACUUUUCUAUUGGCUGGGCAUGAGACUACAUCAACAUGGUGUUACUGGGCACUUUACGCCAUGGCCAAACAUCCUGAUGUACAAGAUAAAGUCUUUCAAGAUGUCAUAAAGAACCUCAAGGACACCAACAAUGAUGACAGCAAUGUAACCUUGGAAGAAGCAGAAAACAUGGAGUACUUGUCAGCAUUCCUGAAUGAGGUGCUGCGCAUGUACCCACCUGUGGGAAUGGUGGUCCGCCGGAACUGCUAUGAAGAAACAAUCGCAGGCUACAAAAUUCCCAAGGACACCAAUUUGAUGCUGCCCGUGCUCCUCCUCCACCGGAACCCCAAGUAUUGGCCGGAACCAGAAAUCUUCAAGCCGGAACGAUGGUUGGGAGGUGGUGAUGCAGGUAGUGGUGGCAUGGAUUCUAGAAACUUCACAUUUUUGCCAUUUGGUGCUGGUGGCCACAACUGCAUUGGGUACAAGUUUGCCACCUAUGAGGCCAAGAUGAUUGUGGCCCAAAUGGUGCGUGCUGUCAGGGUGGAGAUUGCUCCAUCCCAGCGUGAUGUGGAGCACACAUUCACCAACUUUGUCACCAUGAAAGCCAAACCAGGCUUGAAAAUUGUUUUCAAGGCCAGGUAA